AGAAAAAAAUAAAAUAAAACACAAACAUAAUCAUGUCACCGUCAACUGACUUUUUAAAAAUAUGGGAAUGAGUAAAAAAAGUACCAACAACAUACUGUCUGACAAAGAAACUCAAUCGCCUAUGUUAAAAAUUUUCAAAGACAUCAUGCAAAGAGAGAGAAAUGAUUCAGAAAAAGUCAAUCUAAUCAAGAUCGAGAAGUUAGAAAAUAAAAAAAGGAAGACAUAUUCUGGACCACUUCCUAAAACUGAUUUGAGGUCGUGUGACUCGAGCAGUACGGAGCGGUUCAAACACAGCCACGGCAGUAAGAUGCCGAUACAAGACUUGGAACAGCAAAUGUACAAGGAAUGUAAUGAUAGGACGCAGACUAUACCUUUCAACGCCGAAAAGAAAGAUAACUGGUGGUUUUGGAAAGAUUCUGAAAAAAAGAAAGUCACAGAUGACACCUGUUCAUGUGUGUCUUGUGCGGAAAUUGACAGGUUGAAGAAAGUAAUCAGUUCAGAUUACGCUUGCAUCUUCUGUCUGUCGCUGAUGUUUGCGAUAUCUGUGGUGGUGGCGUUCGUUAUCUUCAGGAGUGUGGCUGUAACUGAAGGCAUCUCGCCACAGAUAGAAGGCCGGAUGAGUUCCGCACUCAAGAAAAACACAAUGAUCAAAUCUAGACGGCAGUUUCGCAGCGAUGGAACGAACUUGGAUGGAAACAAACCCUGGACUGAUAUUACUGACCCCUGGCAAAGUUUACCCAGUUUGUCUGGAACAGAUUUCGGGGAAACUGGAUUACGAGAUGGGACUUAUAAUGAAGAAUCUUACAACAAAGUCAGCGGAACAAUCUCACAGAUUCUGGAUGCUGACAAAUUCUUUGACGGACCAACCAGCGAGAAGCUACGAGAUUUCUAUAAACGUCUCAUUCAAACAGACGCACGCAUAAGAAAAUUGAAACAACAAACAGAAGAAGCAAGCGACAUCACGAAACCUCUCCCUGAUAGAUACAAGAGGUCCCUCAUGUCUAUAGAGACCCCCAUAAAUACUGACACACAAAGAAUAAGUCUAGAUACAAAAGUAGACUUAAGUAAAUUCAAUUUAUUCUAUCCACCUUUCGUUGCAGUAAAAGAUUCCGCUUUCACUAAUCAGAAGCCAAGAUUUAAAAAAUCUGACGAAGAUCCAUACAGCAAUCAACCAUCCGGUAUUGUAAUAGAAAAUAAAAAGCUCAUGGUUCAAUAUGGACCAUUCGAUAGAAAACGUAAUUUUCCUAAAUGCUCCCACAUGCUAAAAGACUCGAAAUCUCACGAGAAACAAUUGAAACAUCCAUUCUAUAAGAACUCUCAACGUCUGGACGAACUAUUGGGACAAAUGUUGGAACAUAAUUUGGAUAAAGUUGUAGCGAAUCCUUUUAACUUAGAUUUAUGGAAUGGUGAAAAGGAUAAAUGCAAACAUUCGAAGGAUGAACAAGAAGUAGUAACGAAGGCGGAAGAAGAGCCACAGAAACAAAUUUCAUAUCCACCUAAAUCGGAUGACUCCGUAAAACUUAUGGGCGUUAAAAGAAGAAAUGGUUUAGCUGAAGGAAAUCCGAGCUAUAUUGAAAAAGAAGCCGCACAUAUAAAUGAUGAGGAAACCGAUGAACUGUUCUUCCCAUCGACUACUCCGAAAUAUGGCGUUGUGUUAAGUGUAUCAACAUUCAUUAAUGCUGAUAGUACUGAAGAGAGCAGAGUUACGAAGAACAGCGACGACUCAUCAAUAAACAGACGCAAAUUGUUACAAUUAAACGAGGAAGAUGAAGAAAAUCUUGCUUAUGAAGAUUUCAAAGAAGUACUGGCUGAUUAUACUGACACUCAUGACGAGACUGAUAAACAAGUAGAAAGGGAUAGAAGAUCUGAUAAUUCCGUAAUUUCUGGGAAACAAUCUUUCGCAAAUAAGUACGAUAUUUCCUUAGUUCAUAACCCAAACUGGAAGAGUCCUAUGCAAUUAUAUCCCGAUGAAUUAAAUUUAUUAAUAAAAAAUUCAGGAUCUUCAAGAGCCGAUAGUGAAUUUGAAAAAGGAUUUCUAGACCCAAAGGAUAAAGUAAAGAAUACUGAUACAGAUUACGUAGAAGAAUAUUUAAACAGUAAAUACUCAAAAUUAGCGCAGGCGUAUAGUGAUUAUGGUGUACUGGCUGCAAAAAAAGAUUAUGUUACAAAUGAAAUGAACCUGCCCACAGAUAAUGUAAUACAUCAUGAAUUUCCAAAGAGUUCGACUGAAAAAGAAAACAAUGUUAAACAAAAUCUAAUUAAGAAACGGAGAAACGCACAAAUGCACGAACUUAACACUCAAGAUGUAAAAUAUCCAUUUGCAGCGAACAAUAUGACAACAUCGAGAAAUAUAUUAAAAAUUACUGAAUUUGGACCAGAAGUGAAUGAAUUCUUUCCUAAAAUAAAGAUAUCAUCUGAACUCAAGGAAUUGAGAAAUAUGGAAAAAAAUGACAACGAAACACAAAUACAUCGCUCAGAUGCAACUUUAUUUAGAAAAUUACGAUCAUUAAAAUCUAUAGAAACUGAAGAAUCGAAAGAUGCGUUAGAUUUAAAAAGUAAUAAAAAAUUCACAGUACCCAAUACUGAAGAGGAAAUAAAUAACACAAGCUUUAGUAAUAAUGGUAGCGUCGAAGGGCCCGGUGAAAUUCUACGCGUGUUUUCCGAUUGGUUUCUUACUUUAGCUAAAUUGUCUGGCGAAUUUAAAGACAAUUCUACAGUCAUUCAAGAAAACUCUACAAUAUUAAAUACAUCUUUAUUAAAUACAUAUGAACCGGAAAAUGUUACUAAAGAUUUCAUGUAUCCAAUGUACGAUGCUGAUAUGAUUGAAAAUAUUGGUCAUAGAUCUAGAGUUCUCAUGUCUAUUGAAGAUAAAAGUGGAAACACCUCGUUAACAACAACUAUAAAUAAUACGAAAGUUGAGAAAUCUGAAAAAAUAAAUAAAGAAAAUAUUAAAGAAAAUAAAGGAGUAACAACAAAAUUACCGCCUGCAAACCAAACAACAACAAUCAAACACGAAAAUGCCAGUGUAAAUGCAAACUCUACUUCUCAAGAUAAAAAAGUCAAUCGAACCGUAGUCAAAAGAAGUGCUGAUAGUAAUCUUAUUUUCUGGAACGAUAUCUAUGAUGAUGAAUACGGUGUUAAAAUAGAUUAUUUGGAUAACGAAGCGAGGAAUAAACAUUCCGUUGAUAAUGAAAAUUUCAUGAAGCGAUCCGGACAAUGGAUUAAUAAGAAAUUCAGAAAAUUAGGUGAAAGUUUACGAACAGGUUACAAUUCAAGAAAGAAUUAUAAAAGACAACAUAUUAUUAAUAAAACAAAUAACAGGGAACAUAAUUUUAAUCGGUUUUUACGUAAAGUUAAAGAUUUAAGACCCAAAAAUUACUACAAGCGAGAUGAAAGUGGACUUUUGUAUUCAAAGAAGAAAAAGUAUGAGGAUGAUGAAAGUGAAAAUUAUUUAAACUUCGCGUCAAUGACAGCUAAAAUGAAACAAAUAUGCCACGAAGCGGCAAAGGCCGUAGAGAAAACUAGAAAUAUAAACAUCCGAGAGAGUGAGGGCGGCGAGGAGGUGGUCGCGACAUCCCUGAUGCAGCAGCUCGUCAAACUGAUGACUGAUCUCGUCGACUUCCAAGUGCAGCAAAAGACGUGCUCUAGACUCCCACAAGACCUCUCCGAUUUCCUGCAGUGGCUGACAUCACCUCCAGGUUCUGAUGAAAGUAAAGAUACCAGAUUCGACAUGAUACUAAUUGCCUCGCCAUUAAAUGAUACUAAAGAAUAUAAAACUAGUGAAUCUCCAUUAGUUGAAAUAGCAGAUUCAAUCUUAAAAGAAGAGACUGAUCCUAAAUCUGAAUGUCUGAAUAUACUACAAUCGGUGCGAGAACUUUUGCGAUUAUAUGACGAAUUAUCUUACGAAGAAAAGGGCAAACUACUCGGCAUCAAGGAAUAUCUAGAAAACCAAAGAAAUUUCCUUUUGAAAAUCCUAUCGGCUCCUAUAGAUUUGAGUACCUCCUUAGACGUGUUAAAAAUGUAUCGAAAACGUAAUACACCAGCCCGCUUUAAGCGAUUCGUUUCACAAAAGAAGGGCCCGAACAAAACACAGACGCGGAGGAAAGAAACACCAAUGAAACGAAUCAACAAAUUUACUAAGACAUCAGAAACUAAACGAACGAAGACGACAAUGAAUCAGAUAGAUUCAAUGGUCGUUACUGAAGGAGUUAGAAAAAAGAAACAAAAACUAGACAAGGAUACAAACGAAAAUAAAUCGACAACAGCUCAUCAUAAAAUUGAAACUAAAACACCAACUGUUAAGACAUAAAAUUAAUUCAUUUGUAUUAGGAAUUAGCACUUUGUUAUUAGCACAGCUUUCUAAUAUUGAAAUACUUGCAUACAAACCAUCUCUGUCAUUCACUUUGAGAUAGAAGAGACAACAAUUAUUUUAAUUACCAGCCUUUAGAGGUAACUUCUGGACAGGCUUUUGCUUCGUCGGAAGUCGGAAGGACUUCAUAGUGCCAAUUGAAAUUACUGUAAACUAAUUUUAUCUUUAUUAUUAGUUUGAGUUUCCAACACUGCCAUGUAACGCUACCGUCACCGCCAAAAUGGCGAAAAUGAAAUAGGCAUAAAAUACCAUGGUUUAUAUCCUAUCCAGUGGAUAACAAACAUGAUUGAUUUUGAUACAAAUGGCAGUGGAAUUUGACUGUUUUUGAUAUACUGUUCGUUUAGGAUUGUCAAAUGUAGUAAUAACUUGAUUGAAUUGUAAUUUUAACAUAGGUUGCACAGUUUGAUUAAUAACAUGAGUAUAUGUUUUAGCAGUUUACAAACGUUUGUUUUAUGAUAGGAUUUACUUUCACGAUAUUGUAAUAAAUGUAUUUAUUUAUUA